AUGAAAUUUAAAAUAAAUAAAACUAUAAUCUUAUCAAUUAUAGUUUUAAUUUCAUUUAUUGUUAAUAAUGCAAAUAGUCAAUAUGCCUCUGAUCCAUGUUCAAGUAUUCAUACAGAUCCAUCAGGAUUUAUUUCAACAGUAAGAUCAAUACCUCAAACUUGUUGGAAGAUUAUACCACCAGCAGGUAUAGCUUAUUUAAUAAAUGAUAUUACAGUUACUUUUAUAAAUGCAACCAUUCCAGUUAAUAAUACAAUUAAAUUCAUUGGUGGUUCAAAUAUUUUAACAGAUAAUCCAAUAGUUACCUUUGAAAAGGGUACAUACAAUCAAAUUUUUAAUGAAACCUCAACUGAUAAAGGUGUAUUUGUUAUAUUUUUAGAUGGUAGUAAUGCAAAUGAUACUGCUUCAUUCACUGUUUUUUAUACUUCUUCAUCAGAUAGACAUUUAAAACCUUCAGUAGUAGGUUUAUUAUCAGUUGCAGUUGCAUUUGCUGUACCACUUGUAGUGUUUACUCUUGCAAGAUGUUUAAUUCCAAAUUCUGCAAGUAAAGCAAAAGCUUUAUCUGUAAAGAAAGCAAUAUUUUGGUGUAGUUUCAUUUUAGGACUUGUAUUUUUGGCAAUGAUAUUAAGUAGAAAAGUCGUUUAA